AUGGACUACUCCGGAGACGACCAGAACUCUGCUCCCGGGAGCGUCCAAGCAUCCAAGCUCAAUGCCGCUCGCAAGGGCCCCGAUUCCCAGAGCGUCACCAAACGCCUCCAAACCGAGCUGAUGACCCUCAUGACAUCGCCGGCACCCGGCAUCUCUGCGUUUCCCUCUGCCGACGGUAACCUCAUGUCGUGGACCGCCACCAUCGAGGGCCCCGACGACACGCCGUAUUCCGGGCUCACGUUCAAGCUGAGCUUCGCGUUUCCCUCAAACUAUCCCUAUGCGCCCCCUACGGUCCUCUUCAAGACGCCCAUCUACCACCCCAACGUCGACUUCUCGGGCCGUAUCUGCCUCGACAUCCUCAAGGACAAGUGGACUGCUGCCUACAACAUCCAGACUGUUCUGCUGAGUCUGCAGAGCUUGCUCGGCGAGCCCAACAACGCCUCCCCUUUGAAUGGCGAAGCUGCGGAGCUCUGGGACAAGGACAUGGCCGAGUUCAAGAAGAAGGUGCUGGGGCGACAUCGCGACAUUGAGGAGGAGUAA